GGGAUUGUCAUCUCAAGAUAGCUCUCCUUUGGAGAUGGCCGCCCUGGGCCGACCUUUCCAGGUGGGGAUGCUCUAUGACUGUCGCACUGAUUCUCUCAUUCCAGAUGUCACUCUAUGGGAAUUGGAAAACCUCAAGAAAGACCUCAAAAUUAAACCCCAGAAGAACACACAGGUCAACCUCAUCACUUUGGACUCCUUGGAUGAGAAAACUUCCAUCUUAAAUAUGACAACAUCUCUUAAAGCGAGCUUCUUGUGUGGCUUGAUUGAGGUUGAUAGAGCUGCCAAGUACCUCAAUGACACCAAAUCAUCCAAACGACAGUCCAGGGUCACCCUGCACUACAGCACGACCACCAGAAUGGAGCAGCUCAGCACGAGCCACUUAGGGAAUCAGAACGUCGUCUAUCCAGAAGUGUUUGAGCAGAAAUCGGCCACCCAUGUUGUCACAGGCGUGAUGUAUGGAGCUCAGGCUUUUUUUGUUUUUGAUCAAUGGGACACUAAAUUGGAAGAGAACCGAGAUAAUAAAGGAAAAUUAGAAACAUUAAUUAAAAAAUAUAUUACUCUAGAUGGAAAAACAGCCCUUAAAAUGACAGAUGUUUACAAGGAAACCGCUGAUCAUCUUAACUUCACAUUCUAUGGUGAUUUUCUCCUUGAUCACAAUCCUACAAGCUUUGAAGAUGCCAUGCAGAUUUACAACAAUUUGCCAAAGCAUAUUGACGAAGAUGACAAGCUUGCUGUGCCCAUCCAGGUCUGGCUGUACCCGCUGAAACAUCUCAACUCACAGGCUGCUCAGCUGGUACAAGAGAUCAGUGUGGCACUCGUGUCCAAAUCUCAGAAGGUCAUGGAGGAAUUAGACGAGCACAUCAUGAGGUGUAAUGACAUCAUGAAGGACGGUGUUGUCAAUAACUUUACUAUAAUUAGGAAAAAUGCAAAUGAUUUCAAAUCAAUGCUUAAUCAAUUUAAAUAUACCUUCCAAAAAGAACUGGCAAGGGUCUUGCCAAAUAUCAGGGGCGGUGACACAAGUGAAGAAGAGCUGGCCAACAUUCUGAAGAAGAAGGAAGAGUCGCCAUUUAAGAAGUUUGUAAUAACAACAUGGCUGGAUAAAAGAGAAAAGGAAAUCACUAUGCUCAGAAGUUUCUUUAAUCGAAUUAAAGAAAUGAAUCUUGAUAUUGUUAUAAAUGACCUGGAUACAUUAAUUUACAAUACAGUAUUAAAAAUAUUGUCUGCUUGACUUUCACUUCACUCCAUGUGUGUCAGCCAUACAUGUCAGAAAUGGAACGCUAUCUUCAAGCCCCUUCUA